AUGGGGGAGCUCUUUGACUAUGAGCCCGACGUGCUCUCUGAUCGAGCGUCAUUUCUAGCACUCAUUGAUGAACUUUAUCCGUCAGACAAAAUCAUGCAAUUAGAUGUUGAGUUUAGCAGCCGUGGCACCUCACCACCCGGUCCUGAUACGCCGCCCUCAUCUUCGGACGGCGGUCAGGAAGAGGUUGUUAGCCUGGACGCGGAACACGAUCAUCAAGCCUUUGCUCAAGGAGCACUGAUGACAGAAAUGCUCGCGGGAAUAAGAGGAUCCACCCCUCACGAGCUGAUGCGAUCAGGCUCCAACGUCUACCAUGAUCUGAACACGAUCGAGUCAUCCUUCCACGAGCCUUAUCUAGGCGUGCCCUCAUCUUCUCAAGAUUCCCACUGCCAAAUGCCAGCUUACACUUGGGAGAGCUCUCCUGAAAGACUUGUCCAGCACGGGACUGUCUACGGUACCAGCUUUUCAUGGGCCGACCCUGCCGCUAUCAAUUUUAACAACCCUAACCUAGUCUAUCGCCCAGGUGAUCAAGCAUACCAAGAUCUGUCCUCGCCAGAUAUCAUGCCGGCUCAUGCUGGAUACAACCUUGAUGACAGCCUACCAGGGCCCGCCGCGUUCGACUUUGUCGAGCAGCCCGCUAUCCUCACUAGCCAUCAGACAGAUGCAUCUCUCGUGCCACAGCAGCAACCUACUGCUAACGAGCAGAGGACUGUCGUGGCUGCAGAAGACUCUCAUGUCACCGAGAAAGCUCAUCUCCCGAUAAGAAACAACUAUCGAUCAAGAGAGCAGCAUCACUCCCGAUCUCCAGAAAUCACGCGGCGAGGUGAUGGACCCAGAUCUUCUUCAUCACGAGGCUCAAGUCCAAGACCUGCACAUAAAGGAGGACGCUCAGGCGGUCUCGACGGCAAUACACGAGCACAUGCCAACCAGAUGCGCAAGUUGGGAGCAUGUUGGAUUUGUGCUUUUCAAAGAGAUCAGUGCGAUCCGGGAAGUCCUUGCACCAGAUGUCAAGACCGCAGUAUCAGGGGUUCUCUGCAUAUGCUCCCUUGCUCGCGCAUGCACCUUCAAGAACUGGUCCAGCAGUUCCUUCCUGCUACGAUGAACAGACAACAUCGCCGAGAUGAAAUUUUGUCGUUCGCCAAGAAGAGUCUGGGAUUCUGGAGAGCCGAUGCUCCUAUUCAGGUUCACUUGACUUCUUUGGGCAUGGGACACUUCACCUGGGAUCUACACGAGUAUGAACCUUCUUCUCAGAAUCUGCUUUUGCAGACUCGAUACAAGGUUGGGAUCUCCGGGACUUGGCAGCGUGUAGAGAAGAGAUCACCACCUCUGGCUCUCAAGCAAGUCAACUUCAGCCAAAGUCACAAACUGGAAGAUUAUGUUGAUACCAUCCUGAAUCAGUAUCUCGAGAUGUUCCAAGUGCAAGCAUACUAUGGAGAGGAAGAUACGUGUGCCAUGUUCCAGAAUGAGAUACUCGGAGCGCUGUGCAGUCUCUACACCAGCCUACCAGACGAAGACGAUGACAACAAGCUCAAGGGCGAUCUCCGCCACGUUCUUCGCAUGCUGAUUCUAACAUGCAUCAUGGACCAUCCAAUCACGAUAUCCGAGCCUUCGCUUCCCGUCACCAUCGCCUCGAUGCACUCCCACAACAACCCUCACAUCUAUUCUGCCUGGACAUCCCCAUUCCUCGCGAACCGCCAACUCAAAUACUUCUUUGCCGAAAUGCAGACCCAACAAUACAACCGCACGCUCAACCGCCUACACCAAAUCCUCCGGAAAGCAGGCGACAAGAACAAACUCUGGAUGUCUUCGUUUGUAUUGAUGCUCGGCAUUGCCAUCGUACUCGAGAACUGCCAACAUCUACUUUGGAUCAAAGCCGAUGCCAAGGUUGCAAGAAAGGAAACUACGACAGUAGAUGCGGCAUGGGAGGCUCGUGCUCAUUGCGCCGAAAUGGAUGAUGGCUUUGAAUUUUUGUGUAAGCUUUAUCAUUGCAAGUAUCGCGGUAAACAUCGCCAGAAAACCAGAUAUGAAGAGUUGAAGAACAAGACGAGUAGGCCUGCGGAACAGGUCUUUGCGGAUAGGAUCUAUGAGAUUGUGGAUAGGAAUGGGGGAUACCUGUUGCAUAGGCAAAACCUCACCAUCAAUGGUAUGCAGGACAACAACCAUGUGUCAAGGUUGGUUGCGAGGUUUUUGGUCGAGUUGAUGGGAUUGACGCAGUCGACCCCUUGA